AUGGCUGGCAGAGUCGUCUUCGUAAAGUGUCUGAAAGCCAAAAAUAUGAACGCAAUGGUUCAAGAACUUCUCGAUGAAAGCGACAAGGCCGCAUACAAUGAAGGCAAACCUGUGUCUAUCACGUACACCAGUAUUAAGGCUCUGAUUGCCAAUGACGUUGUCAGAAGAUGGAAGGAGGAGCACAGGGACAAACCAGACGAAAAAGAGCUUCGAAAAACAUUUCAGCCAAUAUCUGAUGCAGAAGCUGUUCAGAAGGACUAG